AUGAAAUUAUUUGUAAGAACACUAAUAGGAAAUAUUAUUACUCUAAAUGUUGAACCAUCAGACACUAUGGAUGCUAUCAAGUGUAAAAUUUAAGAUCAAGAAGGAAUCUCAACUGAUUAAUAAAGAUUACUUUUUAAAAAAAUGACUUUAGAAGAUGAUAGAACAAUUUCAGAUUAUAAUAUUAUGGAAGAAUCUAUUCUCUAAUUAAAAUUGAAACGCGGAGGUGGUUUAUUUUUCGUUAAGACUUUUUCUGGAAAAAUCAUAACGAUUAAUUUUUUCUAUGCUUCUACUAUUGAGGAAAUUAAAUUUAAAAUUAUGGAAAAAUUAGGAAUACCACCUGAUUAAUAAAGACUUUUUUUUGGAUGA